AUGUGCUGCCUGGGGGGCAGUGCACGCACCCGCCGAGCACUCUGGGCAGCUGGGUGCAGGCCCUUCUGGGCAGCCGCCUUCUCCAGGGUCCCACAGCAGGCCUGCCCGCUUCACUUUCAGGUUUCUCGCAGUGCCUUCCUGCUCCUCUCCGCUUCCCCAUCCUGUCAGUUUUCCAUUCCUGUUUUCCUUCCUGGCUGGUGGCAGUGGGGGCUGUGCCCGGUGGGCCCCGUGGAGAUGCUCAGUGCUUGGAAUCGCCGGGACCGGCCCCCUGAAGAGGGGGCAGCUGCGGGGCUCCAGGGCUUCACCGUGGACAAGACGUUCCUCUCGUCCCUCAAAGGCAUCCUGCUGGAAACUGAGCUGGCCCUGACCUUCAUCAUCUUCGUCUGUUUCACGGCCUCCAUCUCCGCCUACAUGGCUGCUGCGCUACUGGAGUUCUUCAUCACGCUAGCCUUCCUCUUCCUCUACGCCACCCAGUACUACCAGCGCUUCGAUCGGCUGAACUGGCCCUGUCUGGACUUCCUCCGCUGUGUCAGCGCCAGCAUCAUCUUCCUGGUGGUCUCCUUUGCGGCUGUGACCUCCCGGGACGGAGCUGCCAUUGCUGCUUUUGUUUUUGGCAUCAUCCUGGUUUCCGUCUUUGCCUACGAUGCCUUCAAGAUCUACCGGACUGAGAUGGCACCCAGGGCCACCCAGGGUCCACCUUCCCAGCUUGCCAGUGCCUCAGCAGGACAUUUCCUGAGCAUCCCAUGUGCAGACCCCGUGCUGGGUCCCAGGGAUUCAGAGGUGCCCAGCAGGCCCAUCCUUGAACACUCACAGAUGGGGAAGAAGACCAGCUAUUCUCAGGACUUUACCGACGGGCCAUUCUCAAGACUGGUGACCGACCUUGGGCAGGCGGCGGUCAAGGCCUCAGAAGAGGGAGCAGAAGGGCUUAGCCAGGGGAGUCCAGGAGAUGGGGCGGGGGGCAAUGAAGGGAUGUGGGGUGUCUUGGCUCCCCCAGCUCUGACACAGGGGCAGGGCCCCCCUCCCCCAGGAGUCCAGGACGGCUCCUGGAUGGUCGGCGGGGAAGGAUAG